GGAUGACUGCUCAGUUAUUUGUAAGAUUAUUAGAACAUAUCAGCAACCAUACUCAGAGCAGUCCAACGAAUCCCAUACUUUUGUUAAUGGACAAUCAUGAGACUCAUGUGUCAGCGGAGGCUAUUAAUUAUUCCAGGGAUCAUAGUAUUGUACUGUUGUCAUUCCCGCCACACUGUACACAUAAGAUGCAGCCUCUUGACAAAGCAGUGUAUGGACCAUUUAAGCAAAAAUGCAAAGUCUCUUUUAAUGAUCAUAUCCUGAACAACCCAGGAGCACCGAUAACGAUUUAUGACAUCGCUAAGCUGACGUCAGGACCCUAUCUUCAAAGUUUUACACCAAAAAACAUUACAAGCGGAUUUUCAAGCACCGGUUUGUGGCCCAUUAAUAGGCUUAUUUUCUCUGACAGUGACUUCUUUGGAGCCUACGCCACAGACAGGCCUCAACCUGAAAGUACCGGAGAUCUUACGUCACAGCCGAACGACCAUCUUAAUCAACCAUCUACAUCUUUCAAUCAUUCAAUUAACAGUUCCAAUAUUCCGUCCACCUCUUCUGAUCAUCCGCCUUCCGCUUCUGAUCAUCUUACAUCUUUAAAUGAUGUGUCCGUUCAUUGUGUAACCAAAGAAGUUAAAACAACAGCCAUGAUUCGUUCAAUAAUUGAUGAAAUCAUCGAUGUAGUAACAAAACCACCUGUUAAUAUUAUUUCUGUGCAUCCUAUUGUUAAGCCAUCAGAUGUUAAACCGUUCCCAAAAGCACCGUCACGAAAAACUAACAGGAAAUCUCGUAUAGGAAAAUCUAGAAUUUACACCAGCACCCCAGAGAAAAUUCGAGUUGAAGAAUUAGAAGACAUUAGAAGGCAAAAACUAGACAAGAGUGAAACCAAAAAAAAGUUAGUGAUUCAAACAAGCGCAACAAAAUUGAAAAAAAAAUCCCUAAAAACCAAACCAAAUGUUCAAGAGAAGCAAACUAAAAAGACUUUAAGAAAAGUAACGAAAAGAGCUAACGAAAGUCCCACAUCUUCAGAUUCUGAAUCAGAAUAUUUUAAAGCAAUGAAAAAGAAAAACAGAUUCCUCGAGUCUCCAUCUGACUCGGAUACUGGCAUGGAAUCUGACUGCGAUGAAUUCACUAAACUUCUAGAUGACGAGACAAUUUCAUGUGACGACUUUGUUCUUGUAAGAUUCCCCACAAAAAAAACAGUUGUGUAUUAUGUCGGACAAGUAAUAGAGCUUGCAGAAUACGGCGAGUUUGUUAUAAAAUAUUUGAGGCAUUCGCAGAACCGUUUCCAUUUUCCUUUUGUGGAUGAUAUUUCAAAUGUCGCAAGAUGUGACAUAGAGGCAAAACUGCCCAAACCAACUACAGUUGCUGGGAAUGCGCGCUUGGCUAGUUUUUUAAAAUUUAACGUUAAUUUUAGUUCUUUUAAUUUAAAAUAACCCACUAUUUAACAGAAACUUAUUCAUUUAUGUUAUUAUUAUUGUCUUUUCUUGUUAUUAAUAUCAGGAAUUUAAUUUUGUAGGUUUAAGUGCUAAAUUUCCUAUGUGUUUACAUGUUUAUUUUUGAAGUUCCUUUAGGUUAUAAGUUUUUAUGUUACUAAAUAAUGAUAUUUCAAAGAAAAAAGUGUUUGUGAAGUAUAUGUCUGGAUGUACCCCAGGGGUGUCCAAAACUGCCCCACCAUGGGGCACCUUUGGACAAAUGCAACACAUUUGUAAUUUUAUUUUUUUCAAAAAACGAUGCAGGUUUUAUUGGCAUCUGCUAAAUUAUUGGUUUUAAAACAUAUCAACCAAGCUAUUGCCAUCUCUAAAACAUUUAAUUUGGCAAAAAUAAAAGUAAAAUAUCACCUUAUCCAAAACCGUCCGAACCUGCCCCCCUCUACCCUACCACCAUUUUUUACAUUUUACUUCAAUGCUCAAUUUCUUGAUAUAAAUGGUUUUAUAUGAUUGCCAAUUGUAAUUGAAGGGCCCAGGGGAAAAAUAUGAUGAGCGCCAUUUUACUAAUUUUACAGGAGAGCACUGGAUGGCUCGUGGUUAUCAGGUUCUUUCCCUGUAUGUAUGUCGUAGUCUCAUAGUGUAUUCCGGCCUUUCAUGAACAUCCUAGUCACUUAAUGAAGAAAACUAACCUAAUAACAUAACUAAACUCCUAACCUAACCGACGCUUCAUAAAGUUAGCUAGGAUAUGGAAUACACCAUGAGACUACAAUAUACAUAUACACUGCACAUAUAUGCACAAAUUUUGUUUUUUGUUUACAUUUGGGGAAAAUAUGGGUUCAACUUUAGUAGAUGAAUGAAACAAA